CCACAUUUCCAGAGGAGACCGACAGACAGUCUCCCUCCAACAUUUCUGCCCAGCUCGGGUAACAAAACAAGCGGAGCCGGACUCGUGGCGCGCUCCGGGACAGAUCCUCAGAGUACCCCCAGGACCUGGUUUGCUCUCUAUCCCUCCGGACGUCACUUCACACGUAUAGCUCUCAGGAUAUAAGUUAUUUACAGUAGCAUAAGAGGAGAUCCUGGAAGAUGGGUUCAGUCCCGGCGAUAUCUGUCCUGAUUUUGGGCAUUGUGGUUCCUGCGCUGGCCGGAUAUAUUGAGGCACUUGCAGCCAAUGCAGGCACAGGGUUUGCUGUGGCCGAGCCACAGGUGGCCAUGUUUUGCGGAAAGCUCAACAUGCAUGUCAACAUUCAGACCGGCCGCUGGGAGCCCGACCCAUCCGGAACCAAGAGCUGCGUAGGAACCAAAGAGGGCGUGCUGCAGUACUGCCAGGAGAUGUAUCCCGAGCUCCAAAUCACAAAUGUGGUGGAAGCCAACCAGCCAAUUCGCAUUGAGAACUGGUGCAAGAAGGAGAAGAAGGUGUGCAAAGGGCAUGCCCACAUUGUGGUGCCUUACAAAUGCUUAGUGGGCGAGUUCGUGAGUGACGUGCUUCUGGUUCCAGAGAAGUGCAAGUUCUUCCACAAAGAGCGUAUGGACAUGUGCGUCAGCCAUCAGCAGUGGCACGGCGUGGCCAAAGAGGCCUGUGCCAAGAGCUCCAUGGUGCUGCACAGCUACGGGAUGCUGCUGCCCUGUGGCAUCGACAAGUUCCACGGCACCGAGUACGUGUGCUGCCCCUCCUCUCGCACCGGGGAAUCCGCUCCACCUUCCCUGCCCUCCCAGGAGGACGACGAAGAGGAGGAGGUAGAGGAUGAGGACAUUGACGAGACCGACCUGGUUGAGGAGGAGGACAGCGAGACACCAGCUGAUGAGCAGCCCACACAAAAGGAGGAGCCGGUGGACGAGGACGAAGACGAGGAGGACGAAGAUGAGGAGGAGUACCACUACGUCUAUGAGGACGAGGAGGCAGAUAAGGAGGAUGAGGAUGAGAAGAAAGAGAGCAGCAAAAUGUCAGAGAGCCAAGAUGAGGACAAGACUCUGCAGGAGGUGAAAGCGGUGUGCACCCUGGAGGCAGAGACCGGCCCCUGCCGUGCCUCCAUGCCCCGCUGGCACUUCGACAUGAGCCAGAGGAAGUGCGUGCGCUUCAUAUACGGGGGCUGCGCCGGGAACCGCAACAAUUUCGACUCAGAGGAGUACUGCAUGGCCGUGUGCAAGCGCCUGACCAUGCCUCCGACUCCUCAGCCCACCGACGAUGUUGACAUCUACUUUGAGACCCCGGCCGAUGACAAGGAGCACAGUCGCUUCCAGAGGGCCAAGGAGCAGCUGGAGAUCAGGCACCGCAACCGCAUGGAGAGGGUAAGAGAAGAGUGGGAAGAGGCUGAUCGCCAGGCUAAGAACCUGCCCAAGGCUGAGAGGCAGACAUUGAUCCAGCACUUCCAAGCCAUGGUGGAGUCCCUGGAGGAGGAGGCAGCCAGCGAGAAGCAGCAGCUGGUGGAGACUCACCUCGCCCGGGUCGAGGCCAUGCUGAAUGACCGGCGCCGUCUGGCCCUGGAGAACUACCUGGCUGCCCUGCAGGCCGACCCCCCGAGGCCCCACCGCAUCCUGCAAGCCCUGAGAAGGUACGUCCGCGCCGAGAACAAGGACCGCCAGCACACCAUCCGCCACUACCAGCACGUCCUGGCUGUGGAUCCUGAGAAGGCUGCUCAGAUGAAGUCACAGGUGAUGACCCACCUUCGUGUGAUCGAGGAGAGGAUGAACCAGUCUCUAUCUCUGCUCUACAAAGUACCUUAUGUGGCCGAUGAGAUUCAGGAUGAAAUUGACGAGCUUCUUCAGGAGCAGAAAGCUGACAUGGACCAGUUCCUGUCGUCUAUCUCUGAAUCACAGCCAGAUGUCACCGUGUCGUCAGAGGAGAGCGUGGAAGUCCCCCUGUCUGAGGGCAAACCCUACCGGCCCUUCCAGGUCACAUCCUUGGGGUCCCGUUCAGAGCCAGAGGGCUCCGCCAUGUCCGGUUUAGAUGGUCUGAUAGGUGCCGAGGAGAGGAUCAUCAACAGCAAACCCAAGAUCAGCAACAAUGUGGUGAUUGAUGAGUCUCUGGAUGUUAAAGAAGUGGUUUACAGUGCAGAGAGAGUCAGCGUUAUGCAUGAUGAUGAGCUGGAGUCCUAUCGCCCCCUGGGAGAGGACUUCAGCUUCGGGAGCAGUGCACUGAUUGGCUUGCUGGUGAUCGCGGUGGCCAUAGCAACUGUGAUUGUGAUCAGUCUGGUGCUUUUGAGGAAGAGGCAAUACGGCACCAUCAGCCACGGCAUUGUGGAGGUUGACCCCAUGCUGACACCAGAGGAACGCCACCUCAGCAAGAUGCAGAACCACGGCUACGAAAACCCCACCUACAAGUACCUGGAGCAGAUGCAGAUCUAACUAGAGCCUACAGGGGGCGCUAUGGAGUCUGACAGAGGAUGGCAACCAAGGGGGAACAUACUACUGACCAAUAACAUAUGCUAUUGUUAAAAAAAUCAUUUGCAUACAUCCAAACUCCAUUUACUGGUUUGUUCAAAACAAUCCUUAAAUAAUGCUACUACUUCUACUACUGCUACUAUUGUACUAUAGAGCUCUUUUUGAUCAUGUUUUUUUGAAAAGGUGAUGUAUCUGCCAUUUUGCAUUAUGGAAAAUGUGAUUCUGCAGAUUUCUCUGUAAUUAUCGAUACAGCUUUCUCAGAUCAAGAUGUAUAACAUUUCUUCAGACAUUUUCUUUAUUUUUGAAAGUGAAAUGCAAAUCAAGGAGCCAUCAUCAAACCGGCAUACCAAACACUACACUUUAGUUUUCCAUCAUGCAAGUGUCAUUCAUGCAGUUUCUGAUGGUUUUCUCCAAAAGAAUUGGUGUUUUAUUUUGUCCUUUUUCCUCUCAAUAGAUUGCUUGUAUAUGAAGGUUCUUUGUACCAAUUAAAAUGUAUAGUGAAACAACAAAUGAGAAAAAAAUGAAAUCAUGAAUUAUUUACUUAUGUUCUUUGUUAUGAUAACAGGCAGAAUAUACAUAUACAGUUGAAAUAUAUAUAAGAGUAGAUGUUUUUAUUCCACCUUUUUUUCCCAGGAAAGAGGUUUUAAGUCAGUUUAGGGUUCUUAGCUUGGCGGUCAUGAGUUGUGUUUGCAGGCACACUGUGAGAAAGAGUCGGGGAAGGUGAAGGUGUGCACAGACCCCCAGCUCAAACACAUCACACAGAACCUCCUCUGGACCCUUACUAAGUGAAUGUGAUACUAUAUUCCCCUAUACACACACAAACACAACCUUGUAUCAAUAGGGAAACAGAAUACAUUAGUGGAUUAAGUACCUAUUGACAUGUGUUACAUAGUUGAAUGUAUUGGGGAAGCUUUUUUUCCAUACUAUGUACCUGCCAGGGUCCUACAUGGCUUUGAUUUUAAUGCACAAACAUUAUGACAGUGGCCGAUGACAUACCACAAACUGACAAAUACGUGUUUUUUGGUUUGUAUUCUUGUUUAUUAUUUUUUUUUGCACAAAUUAUCUGAUGCAAGUACUAGAAAAAGCUAUUUCCGACACCAAAUUUUGGGAAUGAUGUAAACACACGUUACUGCAGCAACUGUUGGCUUUGCUGGUCAUAAAGCGCCGAACAGUCUGACAGAUCAAAACAGGGCCGGCCCAGAAGCACAAAGUAACUAAGCAGCUGCUUAGAGCCCAUCUGCCACCAGGGGCCCCCAAAUGAAGUGAAAAUGUAGAAUAUUUGGUGGAUUGGGGGGUUUGCUGUAACUCAUUUUGGGAUCACAACAAAUGCCAUACAAUAAGUUUUUUUGUAACCUGAUUAUGCCAGAUUUGGGAACUGUAAAAAAUUGUUUUGAUGGGUACUAAAACUACUACCAUAACAAAUUUUGCAAUCUGGAUUUUGGGAUUUGGGUUCUCAGAAAGGCUUGAGCUGGCCCUUGAUCAAAGCCAACUGAAGACAGCUUGGAGCUGGAGGGCUGUGCAGGCAGACAGAGACACACAGAAAGACAAGGCUUGGAGAGCUGGUUUCUGAAAAAAAGCUAAUUUGUGUAUUUUUACAGGUAGAGAAUGACACAAACAAGUAAACUGAAUCCUAGAAUCCUCUUUUCUCUCUCUCUCUCUCUCUCUUAGUAUUGUCUUUGUAUGCCUGUAUAGUUGAUGUUGCAAUCAUGGCUUUUUUCCGGAGGAUUACCUGUGGUGUGCAUUGUUCUUAUAUGAAAUGAUAUGAUAUAUAUUUUUAAGUUUGUUUUCUUGUUUUCUAUUUUUUCUCUUCCUGUGACAGUAUCUCUGUAUGUGACUGUCUCACUAUGCACCCAAAACGGCUUCAAUCUUGUAACUGCCUGCCUGAUUGUGGGAGGGGACUGGGAACUAAUAUAAUAUGCAUAUUAGUGAUUAAAAAAAUGAUUGACACCAAUGGAAAAAGAUUUAUGGUUAUAGGGGGGAUACACAUCAAUAAACUCACAACUUCCA